GAGGGAGCGAGGAGCGGCCGGGUGUGAGUGCGUGUGGGAGUGCGUGUGUGCGGGAGUGGGGCUGAGGGAGAGCCCGAGCUGGCGCGAGGCUGCGAGGAGGAGGGCGAGUGUGCGAGGGCGCCCGGCCUGGCCGCGGGAGCCGCGGCGGCGGAGGAGAAAGGAGGCGGCCCCGGCAUCCCGACCCCUCCCCCUCUCCUCGGGCUUCCAGCCGCUCGCUGCCCGCGCUGCCCUCCGAGGCCCCGACCCGGCUCCGCUGGCCGCGAGUGAGGGAGGAGCCGCCGGAGCCAGAAAGAGUUUACAUUGAGGAGGAAAUAAUCCAGGAAAAGGAAGAACAAGCAGAUCAAGAUGUGUAGCUCUGUGGCUGCCAAGUUGUGGUUUUUGACAGAUCGUCGAAUCAGGGAAGACUAUCCCCAAAAAGAAAUCUUACGAGCUUUAAAGGCCAAAUGUUGUGAGGAGGAACUGGACUUUAGGGCUGUGGUUAUGGAUGAGGUGGUGCUGACAAUCGAGCAAGGAAACCUGGGCCUACGGAUCAAUGGAGAACUAAUUACUGCCUACCCCCAGGUGGUGGUAGUGAGAGUACCAACCCCUUGGGUGCAAAGUGAUAGUGACAUCACUGUUUUGCGCCAUCUAGAGAAGAUGGGAUGCCGGUUGAUGAACCGACCUCAAGCCAUCCUGAACUGUGUUAAUAAAUUCUGGACGUUUCAGGAGUUGGCUGGCCAUGGUGUUCCUCUGCCAGACACUUUCUCUUAUGGUGGUCAUGAAAAUUUUGCUAAAAUGAUUGAUGAAGCAGAAGUAUUGGAGUUCCCAAUGGUAGUGAAGAAUACACGGGGUCAUAGAGGCAAAGCUGUUUUCUUGGCUCGAGAUAAGCACCAUUUGGCCGAUCUAAGCCAUCUUAUUCGCCAUGAAGCUCCAUACCUGUUCCAGAAGUAUGUUAAAGAGUCUCAUGGACGCGAUGUACGUGUCAUUGUUGUUGGAGGCCGUGUAGUUGGCACCAUGUUACGUUGUUCAACAGAUGGGAGGAUGCAAAGCAACUGCUCGCUAGGUGGUGUGGGGAUGAUGUGCUCAUUGAGUGAACAAGGGAAGCAGCUAGCUAUCCAGGUGUCUAAUAUCCUGGGGAUGGAUGUGUGUGGCAUUGACCUGUUGAUGAAAGAUGACGGCUCCUUCUGUGUCUGCGAGGCCAAUGCAAAUGUAGGUUUCAUCGCCUUUGAUAAGGCUUGUAAUCUAGAUGUAGCUGGUAUCAUAGCGGACUAUGCCGCCUCCCUUCUGCCCUCUGGCCGGCUCACCCGGCGUAUGUCCCUGCUCUCCGUGGUGUCCACAGCCAGUGAGACUAGUGAGCCGGAGCUGGGUCCCCCAGCCAGCACUGCUGUCGACAACAUGAGCGCAAGUUCCAGCUCUGUCGACAGCGACCCUGAAAGCACGGAGCGAGAGCUGCUCACCAAGCUCCCAGGGGGCCUAUUCAACAUGAACCAGCUGCUAGCCAAUGAAAUCAAACUCCUGGUGGAAUGACUCCACCAGUAAAUAAUUAACCAACAAAACCCUUGUAAAACUUUCUUUUUCUUCUUUCUUUUUCCUUUUUUGUUUCUUUUUUUAAACCAACUUGCAAUGCUGUUCAUGGAAGAUGCUCAGGAGAAUGAGAGAAAAUUGAGUAGGAUUAGUUAGGAGAGGAGAAAGGGGAGAUAGAAUAGACCUCUGCUAUUAAGAUGUUACUUUCACUUACAAAUCCUAUAGAUAAAGAGGCAGAAGAGGUAAGAUACAGAAAAUUGUCAGGCUCUUGUAGUUACCCUUUUAAAUUACUCAAAAAUGUGUAUGCUCUCAGGCCAUGAAGAACAUAUAAAAUUUUUUCAUGGUGUCUCUUGUUUUUGUACAGUUGGUACAAAUUUCAGAGUAGCAUAACUUCACAUUGUGUUGCAAAGAUUUGUAGUGGGUGAGGGAAACAUCUACCUGAAGUACAGCAGUUUUUUAAUACAAAUCUGAAAAUUCUGCCUUUACCAUAUUAACUAGCAGCUUUAUGUUCAUAGUUUAUGAGAUCUUGAAGGAUUUAUUAUUUUUGUUUUUUCCCUUAAUUUGGGUGGGAGGGAAACAUGACUGUGACUCAAUAAAGGUUUUUUAAUGACAAAAUUGGCAUGUUUGCAUGAUAAAAGGGAAAUGAACAGUAUUGCAACGUCUGGUACACAAAAUAACAUUUACUCCAAUGUAGAUAAAAUUACACUAGUUUAAAAUAUGUGCAUUGACUUGUAUUUGUUAGUGUUUUAGUCUUUUUUGAAAGAUAUAUGCUCUGUUAAUGUUGCAUUUUUUUUUAAUACGUGCUAGUCUAACAUUCCCUGAUCUAUGCCUGCAUCUUUAACAAUGGCCAAAGUGAAGAAAAUGCUACCUUUUUUGUUAACAAGACACUGACUUGAAA